UUGAGGGAUUGGGGGCACACCAGCCUGAUUAGAAGGGCUGGGGGCUGAGCUGGAUUCACCUGUCCUUGUCUCUCAUUGGCUCUUGGGAACCCCGGGCCCCCAAAUCCCACUAAGCAGCCCCACCAGGGCCUGCACAGGUCUGUGCGGAGCCAGUUGAUUGCCAGCCUUGAGGCCAGAAGGGUGUCUGCAGAGGCCUGAGGCCAGCCUGAGCCUGGCUCUGGGGCUCUCCUCCAUCUAGAGGAACCAACUAACCACCCUGUUCACCGGCCGCCGGGACCAUGGGGGCUGGGGCCAGCGCCGAGGAGAAGCACUCAAGGGAGCUGGAAAAGAAGCUAAAAGAAGAUGCUGAGAAGGAUGCUCGAACCGUGAAACUGCUGCUUCUGGGUGCGGGUGAGUCCGGGAAGAGCACCAUUGUCAAGCAGAUGAAGAUUAUCCACCAGGAUGGGUACUCUCUGGAAGAGUGCCUCGAGUUCAUUGCCAUCAUCUACGGCAAUACGCUGCAGUCCAUCCUCGCUAUCGUGCGUGCCAUGACCACGCUCAACAUCCAAUAUGGAGACUCUGCGCGCCAGGACGACGCCCGCAAGUUGAUGCACAUGGCGGACACCAUCGAGGAGGGUACGAUGCCCAAGGAGAUGUCGGACAUUAUCCAGCGGCUGUGGAAGGACUCGGGUAUCCAGGCCUGUUUCGAGCGCGCCUCUGAGUACCAGCUCAACGACUCAGCGGGCUACUACCUCUCCGACCUGGAGCGCCUGGUAACCCCAGGCUACGUGCCCACGGAGCAGGACGUGCUGCGCUCGCGUGUCAAGACUACGGGUAUCAUCGAGACUCAGUUCUCCUUCAAAGACCUCAACUUCCGGAUGUUCGAUGUGGGCGGGCAGCGCUCUGAGCGCAAGAAGUGGAUCCAUUGCUUCGAGGGUGUGACCUGCAUCAUCUUCAUCGCGGCACUGAGUGCCUACGACAUGGUGCUGGUGGAGGAUGACGAAGUGAACCGCAUGCACGAGAGCCUGCACCUGUUCAACAGCAUCUGCAACCACCGCUACUUCGCUACCACGUCCAUUGUGCUCUUCCUCAACAAGAAGGACGUUUUCUCCGAGAAGAUAAAAAAGGCACAUCUCAGCAUCUGCUUCCCGGAUUACGACGGGCCCAACACGUACGAGGACGCAGGCAACUACAUCAAGGUGCAGUUCCUCGAGCUCAACAUGCGUCGCGACGUGAAGGAGAUCUAUUCCCAUAUGACUUGCGCUACCGACACGCAGAACGUCAAGUUUGUCUUCGAUGCUGUCACCGAUAUCAUCAUCAAGGAGAACCUCAAAGACUGCGGCCUCUUUUGAGGUGCUUGAACUCAUACCUGUCCCUGACACCCUGUAGCCCUAGCCGCCUUUUAGCCCUAGCCCACAGGAGCCUGUUAGCCCACCAGCACUCCUGGGCCCCAGCCUGUGGCCCUAACGGCCACAGACCCAAAGCCCUGAGCCCCACUAGCCUUGAGGCCCCAACCCUCCUCCGUGGUUCCCAGGUAUUGCAGAGCCCUUCUCCCCCAACCCUACUGCUGCCCUUCACGGCCUGGCUGCACUGGCCUCUAGGACCCACCCCAGCCAGCCCUAGCUAGGAGCAGGCAGGACCUGGGGCAGCUAGAGCUCACAAUGACUCAGCAGUGCCCAACUGACCAAUCUCCUGCUGGCCUCUCUCUGCAGGGGGCCCAUGACUCACCUGGUGGGUCUGGGCUCAGCAAACAGCCCUCCCUCCCAGUUUCCUGAAGAGCAGGGGGGCAGGCAGGGAUCCCUCCUCCAAGUAGGCCUACUGAUGACCAUCAGCCCAUUCCAGCUUUACCACCUCCAUGUGAUAAGUCUGACACCUGUCUACCCAGUGGCCAGUGACUGUCCCUCUCAGUAGCUUCCAAGGUCCAAAGUCCAAGCCAGUCUGGCCUGUGCAGCCUCAGGCUAAUUCAUAGAUGAAUUAGGGAGUGGGGGGCAGGCCUGGGAGACCACAGGUGCCAGGAAGAGGCUCAAGCUGGACUGUUCCCCAUAUAGCAGGCUCAGAGUACCCCCCACCAGACCCUCCACCCACAGGCUCUGCCCCUCCGUCCUUGUCCUUGGACACCAGAUCCAUGUCCUACCUCAUCCCCCCCACCCAGUACUCCAGGCCAGUCAGCCAAGGGGAUGGUGUUUUGAGGGAGGGUACUGUUGACACCAGCUGUGGCCAAUGGUCAAACUGUCCUGAGGGGUGGCUGGGGGCAGAGUCCUGCUCCCAUCGAUCAGCCCCAGGCAGAGGAUUUGCCUGAGGCCCAGGUUGGGCCCAGAGGGGUCUACCUCAGGUGGGGUCAUAAGUAAACCCAGGUAACCCUCUUGUCCCUCUUACCCUUUCCAUUCAGGGCCCAUUCCUUGGCAGAAAAAACUGAGAGCCAUGCCUGAAUUUUGUCAGGGACAAAAGCCCAUGUCCCUAUAUCCCUGCUCCCUACUUCCUCACCAAGUCUCGAGUCCUUGCUGAUGCCUGUGGGCCAGGACCUAUGUUGCAGCGGAGGACGGGAGGUUUCUGUCUCACGAGGCCAGAGCACUGUCCAUACCCCCCUCCGAUAGAUGCACAGACUCAGCAAUAAACCUUUGCAUCAGG